AUGCUCAUUGGAAGAAAUGUUCCUACCGCCUUCCAACCCCUGAAUGUUAUUUAUGGCGAAGCAGACGAGCGCUGGGCAGAGAAAUACAAAUUUGGGUGGACAAUCAUCAGCCCUGUCUGCUUGGAUAAAGUGAAAUCCCAAGAAUGUAGUAGCGUGUCAGUCAAUCGUGUUACCGUUCAAAGAAAAGAACUACCGGACUCGUGUAUUCUGAACGUCCCACAACCUCUAACCCCCUCCAUCAGCGAGAUUCUGUUGCCAUUCUCGUCAAUAAGUUGUGGUCCAAGGAUGUCACCAGCCCCCAAAUAA